GGCGUGACCCCAGUCUUAGGCGGGAUCUCCAGUACAGGCGACUGCGAAUGCCAGGGCUUCACUGACUGUUUUUUGUUCCUCUAUUUAGCAAAUGGCGGAUGACGCCGGUGCUGCGGGAGGGCCAGGAGGCCCCGGGGGCCCUGGAAUCGGAGGCCGCGGCGGCUUCCGUGGAGGAUUUGGCAGCGGAAUCCGCGGCCGAGGUCGCGGCCGGGGUCGGGGCCGGGGCCGAGGCCGCGGAGCUCGCGGAGGCAAGGCCGAGGACAAGGAGUGGAUCCCUGUCACCAAGUUGGGCCGCCUGGUGAAGGACAUGAAAAUCAAGUCCCUGGAGGAGAUCUAUCUCUUCUCCUUGCCCAUCAAGGAAUCUGAGAUCAUUGACUUUUUCUUGGGGGCAUCCCUCAAGGAUGAGGUUUUGAAGAUUAUGCCCGUGCAAAAGCAGACACGAGCUGGCCAGAGGACCCGGUUCAAGGCAUUUGUCGCCAUUGGGGACUACAAUGGACAUGUUGGUCUGGGUGUUAAGUGCUCAAAGGAAGUAGCCACUGCCAUCCGUGGGGCCAUCAUCCUGGCUAAGCUCUCUAUUGUCCCUGUGCGGAGAGGCUACUGGGGGAAUAAGAUUGGCAAGCCCCACACCGUUCCUUGCAAGGUGACUGGCCGCUGUGGCUCUGUACUGGUGCGCCUCAUCCCCGCCCCCAGGGGCACUGGCAUUGUCUCAGCCCCUGUGCCCAAGAAGCUGCUGAUGAUGGCCGGUAUCGAUGACUGCUAUACCUCCGCCAGGGGCUGCACUGCUACCCUGGGCAACUUUGCCAAGGCCACCUUUGAUGCCAUCUCUAAGACCUACAGCUAUCUCACCCCAGAUCUCUGGAAAGAGACUGUUUUCACCAAGUCUCCCUAUCAGGAAUUCACUGACCAUCUUGUAAAGACUCACACCAGAGUUUCUGUGCAAAGGACCCAGGCUCCAGCUGUGGCCACCACAUAAUUUCAUACCAGAAAAAUAAAGUGAAUUAAGCCCAUUAA